AAACACAGGAAGCCGGAAGGAGCAGAGUUGGUGGUGCGCUGGAGGUGGAGGCGGAUUAAAACUGAACAUCAUCCCUGAGGCUGAAGUCGUCAGUGCUUCUCAACAGCAGAACUAUGGACUACAUGAUGGACGAGGUGGAGGAGAUCAUGGAUGAGUUUGACAUCGAGGACUACAACAUAGCAGAGCAGGGACGACACAGAGUGAUUGCACUUGUGAAGAGCUGCAAAAGGGCUCGACUAAUCGGUUGUGGGCUCUCAGAGACUGACUGUGAAGUCGUGGCCUCAGCGCUUAAGUCCAACCCCUCCCAUCUGACAGAGCUGGACAUGAGUCUGAACAAACUGCAGGAUUCAGCAGUGAAGCUUCUGUGUGGUGGAUUGGAGAGUCCAAACUGUCAACUGGAGACUCUGAGAUUGGAGCGCUGCUGGUUGUCAGAUAUCAGCUAUAUGGGUUCAGCUCUGAAGUCCAACCCAUCUAACCUUAAACAUCUGGACCUGAGUCACAACAUCAACCUGCAGGAUUCAGGAUUGAAGCAGCUGUGUGGUUUUCUGCAGAGUUCACAGUGUACACUGGAGACGCUGAUAUUGGAUGACUGCAGUUUGUCAGAUAUCAGUUCUCUUACCAUUGCUCUGAAGUCCAACCCCUGCCAUCUUAAAGAUCUGGGUCUGAGCUGGAACAGUCUACAGGAUUCAGGAGUGAGAAAGCUGUGUGGUUUCCUAGAGAGGCCAGACUGUAAGCUGGAGUCUCUGAGAUUGGUGAGCUGUGGUUUGUCAAAGAUUAGCUGUGAUUAUCUCGCCUCAGUUCUGAAGUCCAACUCUUCUGCUAUGAGAGAGCUGAUCUUACGUGGAAACGAUCUGCAGGAAUCAGACAUGAAGCGGCUGUUUGAGCUGGUGGAGAGUCCAGACUGCAGACUGGAGAAACUGAGGUGGUGAUGAUGGUAAACAGGACGGUGUGUGUGCUGAGAGAGGAGCAGCUGUGUCCUGAUGAUCCAGAGAGGUUGAAGCAGCAGCAGCUUGUGUGUAGAGACGCUCUGACUGGGCCAUGUUACUGGGAGGUGGAGAGGAGAGCUUCAUCCAGCAGUGACUGACAGAGGAAUGAAGUGCAGAUGACUGUCAGUGCUGCAGAGUGAACUGCUCUGAGAACAGCUCCACUGUCAGACACAAUGUAGAGUCCAGCAUCAUCCCUGUGUGUCCCUCUGGAUCUGACAGAGGAUCAUCAGUGGAUCUGGACUGACACGUUGCACCGGAUUGUUGGGAAAAAAAUAUUUUGUGAUGUAAAAAAUGUUUCAUGUGGAAAUGUUCAGUGAUUGUUUCGUGGUUAAACAUAAACACAUUUCUGUCACCUGGUCAGCUACAGAUAGAUGGCUCUGCACUCCCGGCUGUCCAGUUUCUGUCCAGUAGAGUUAAAACACAGCUGGAAUAAACUCUACCAGUCCUCAUCAUCCAGUCAGAGUCGUGCCGUCUGUUAGCGGAUAUAAAAAGAGCGGUCGAGGUGCAAGGUGCCAAGAGACAUUUGUUUGUAUUUUCUAUUUCUAUGCUUUUGCCCCUGUGUGGAUUACACAACAUCUAAAUAAAUUCCAACCUGUGCGUGCCGACCCAGUUAUUAAUUUUA